CCUUUCGAGAGGCUUUUCGUGAAAUUUCGGAUGAUUCAACUGUCCUAAAUAUUUUCAAUACAACAUGCUCUAAAUUCGAGUUCAUUAAUCCUGCUUGGUACACAUCUGCAAACGCUCCACUGCCAAUUCUUUAA